ACAGGAGCUACAAGCCAAGAAUGUGAACGUGAAGAUAGGCGGUCUCGGCUACGUCCUCGGCCUCGAUCCACGGCAGCUUGUCCGACAGGCUCUUCUUCGUCGAAGAGUGAUUUUCCUGUCGACUCUCCAGGACAUCCAUCUUCAAACGACGCGCAAGACAUCGUGGACAACUACCGGUGUGUGUGUCAGCAACUAAGAGCUUUUCGAGGGCGGGUAUUGAAUCAUGAGGAAAAGGCCAUGGUGGAGGAGAUAGGAGCGGAGGCUCGGGCCACGGCCCUGGGGAACCGUGCGAUCGAACGCCAUCAACAUGACGAGCAAGAAGACACGAUGCGAUCGCGCUUAAGAGCCAAAGAUGGAGACAUACGAGAGAGGGCGCAAUUCUCCCCGUGUAAAGAACAAGACGACGUGAUGGAUCGAUUUUUGCGUCGGCAGGAAGAAGAACAUCAAUACGAAAAGGCACGAUUGGAGACGUACUGUGGCAAACUCCAACGCCAGGCGCGUCAAGCCCUUCAGGCAGCAAAAAGUGCACAGCGCCAAGCCCUGAUUGCCGAGACAGACCUGGAGCACGAAUGCAACAGCUCGCGCCAAGAAAAUUUUCGGUUGCAACAACAGAUCGAGGAACUGGCUCGAGGUUUGCAAGCUCAACGACGUGUAACGGCAGAACGUGACGCGGAAAUUAUCUCACUGCGAGAGCGUCUUUCAAUGGCCCAAGCUCGGGAAGAAGCGCUGGCUCAACAAGCGACUCGCAGCACGGCUUUGAAGGAGGAGGUUGAAUCUUUGCGAAAAUGCCUGGAGCAGGCGAAUGGAAUGGUGCUAUUUAAAAAAAGCGGGGUGUCAGAGGAGGCAGAGCGGGCGAAAGUUGAAGCCAGGAGGCGACAUUUGAGAGAGCAAAGGCGGCUGAUAGAAAAGGACUUAUUGCUGGAAAUCGAAACGUUAGAAACUCUCUCUGUAAUGACAUCAAAGCUCUCAGAUUUUGAGAUCUCGGAAAAGUAACGAAGAACUCAGUUGAACUGCUA